CACAUGCUUGAUUGAUAGUGCUCAUUGUCAGUGUUACUGUAAACAAGCAUCAACGCUACUGAGGAGUUGCGUUCGUUACUGAGGAAUUGUAUUCUUUUGGUGCUUGAACAUUUCAGGAUGAUAUCGUUUUGUCGGCAUAACUGAAACCUGUGAAUAUAAGGUGAACUAAAGUGCUAUGGAAUAAGAACAAUGCUUCGGUUUACAGCACUCCAAUGGAUUAUUAUGAUACCAGUGUACUCGGUACUGCGGAAUGCGGAGCCGGCCUUGGGAGUCCCGACAGAAAAUCUUUCUGUGUGUGAAUACGGGAUGUACCGCAACGGAUCCUUCGGUUGCGUCAACUGCGAUUGCUUCCGACCUGGAACCAGUAUUCCCCUCGGCAAGAUUACUGCACUCAACAUAGAUUACGACGGUGUACUGCCGUGCGACGCCUUUUCUGGACAGUGUAAAUGCUAUGGAGAACAUACUGGCCGGGCAUGUGAUCAGUGUGCACCGCUCACUUUCAACGACACUUCAGGAGUUGCCGGUGGCCCGCUUGGUCGCUGCAUGCUUUGUAACUGCGAGCGUGAGGCGAGUACAAAUGAUACCUGCGACGCGGUGACGGGACAAUGCACAUGCAGGAACACAAACAUUUUUGGCAGGACGUGCGAUAUGUGCCGGAAAGGAUUCUGCAGUCAUCCCCUGUGUGAGCCGUGCGAGAAUGUUGUCGCUGCGGCACUUUCUGCCGCCUAUCCAGCCGUGCUCAAUGCGACGCUGAACAUUUUUCGUGGUUUCUACUUUACAAUGGCACGGGGUUAUUUUGCAUAACCCAAAAAACGCUGAAAUACGAUGCUUCUCCAUAUUUGUUUAGAUCUGUGGUGGUUUCAGAAGAGGUAAAUAUUCAUUAACCUAAAAAACUGAUAUUACAACUGAAAAAUGAACAGCAACUUCAGAAUCUAUGUACAGUACUGUAUAGUACAGCAUUAAAAAAAUAGCUCUAAGCCCAGAUUAAACCGUGUAUUCAUGUAGCAGCAAGUGCGAGUAAA